AAAUAGUGAAAAUUGUUGUAAAAUAUCAGCAGAACUUGUGCAAUCGUUUCAAUUAUCUAACCUUCAAUCUUCCGUGUACCGUUUUCUGUAUGUCUGUAGAAUUUGGGACGUGGAGUGGCCGGUAGACGCGCAAUAAAGUCGUCUACCUACCCCCGUUUGGCAGCUUCGAUGUGCUGCCUACGAUUCAGUAGCUGCUGCUACUGUUGCUAGUAGUGCGUAUCGCCCUAUCUCUUCCUGUUCCCAUUUUUUCAUCGAGGGUAGCUCCGUUCCUGUGCGUGGGAGGAGAAAAAACAUAACCAGACCGCCCACGGUACAGUAGCAACAACAAUGGGUAAUCCUAGCCUGACGUACGAGAUUCUUCUCUAUCUGAAUUCGUUCUACUUCGGGAUGUUCGCAAUGUGCGAACUGGGCAUGAUGACCCUCAAGGCGGUCAACUUGAAAUACCCGGAACAAAUCCUGAUGCGGGAAACAUGCAUAUUACUAUCGCUCUGUCUGGUUGAAACGAUACGGAUCAUCCUCGGUCGGAAGGGCAGUCUCAGUGAUCACGGCUGGCAGGUCAUCCUAUCGGUUAUCCUAACGAUUCCUUGCGCGGCUGGAGUCGGUUAUCUCCUGUUCUAUCAAUUACACCGAUUACGCCUCGAAUACAUCCUAUGUGCCUUAAUGUUAUCUCUCCAGGCAGCCGAGCUACUGUUUGCGAUACUAUUCGUAUUCACACUCUGCCGUCCGACCUCGUACGACUAGAUUCGUUCAAAUACUCUCCUCAACCCUUUCUUCGUCCUCGAGAGACAUAAGGAAAUCUCACGCCGAUACCAACAUCAUUCAUUUUCGUAUGGCCGCAUGAUAGAUCAGCAUCAGUCACUCUUUUUGAACACUACAUAUACAUAAUCACACCAUCCCAUCUCGACCGGUCGCCGUCGUUUGAUAUCAAUCUUUUAGCACAAAGUAGGCUUUUUAAAGAGGAAUACCGAAGCCAAAAUGAUGCAGCCAAAUUUCCUAGACUCAAACGGACAAUACGAUUCAAAGAUGAAACCGACAAAAAUUAAGCAAAACACAUAAGACUCAAUCCACAUAAACAGGAUACAAAUCUCGUAAAACAACUACAUAAGUCUUUUCAUUUGAAUCUUCAUUCAUUUUAAAUAAAAUUCUUAUUUGUUUUCAGUUGAAACGAAUCCAUCAUUUCAAGUUUUAAAAAAGUCAACCGACAACAAUAUUUGUACUUUUUAAGAAACCUGUUUUUAUAACUCGUAAGUAAUCGAUCUACCUACUAGAAAUUUAUUAUUUAAUUAUUUAUGUGUUCUCUGUAAAAUCGCUGUAAGUAACUGAAAGCUAGUCACACGACCAAAGAAAAUCAUUUCCGUUCCAAGCCAAGUUUUCACGUACUUAGUGGCUCGUGCCAUUUGCAUACUUUAAACCCGGACAACGUCUUUACUACAACAACUAGUCGCGAUACGCUAUUGAUAGGGUAGGUGGUAAAGGCUAAAUCAAAGAAAUAGUUAAACGGGUUGACAAAAACCAAAACUCGGUUUACAUUUGAAGGAAAGUUGUUUUAUAUAUAAGGUGAAGAAAACCAAAUAGCGACGUUAGGAUUAAUGGUAGUUAAAUUUGAAAACAAUGAAAAACUGCAAUAUAUUCAAAAAAGAAAAAAAAAACAUUUUAGACCAUUUAUACCGGAAUCAUACACGAAAAAUAAAUCACGGAAAGAAGAAGUGGAGACGUUGUAAAGUAUAACUGCUUCAAAGUAGUUAAACGCCCGAGCAAAGGGAUUAUCAAAACUUUGUAUAAUAAAGAAAAUCAACAACUACCGAACGUUUCAGCGUUAUACGCACCGACUAACUAAACUUUUUAACUCUCGAGAAUAUCUUAACCUUUUGUAACACGAAGAAACAGAUUCGUUGCAAUCGUAGAAAAGCAUUACCGAACUAAUAAAUCUUAGUGUUUUUAGUUGGACUAGGUAGUGCAGUUUACCGUUCUAAAGAAUACAUCAUCUCACCUGACCCAUUUGAAAACACUUUUACAAAUUUACAAUUUUAAAUAUCUUUCUAAAACGGCACUUCAGCUUGAGUAGUAAAAAUCGAACCGGGUAAUUCCAAGUAGCAAUCCGAAAAAUACAAGGAUGGUAGUUUCAUUUACUUUUUCCAGUUUUGUCACUCUACAAUCGCUAAUAAACUGUAGCUAUAUAAUUUCUAAAUAUCAAGCAAGACAUAACCAAAAUGUCCAACGUGUAUCUGCGGAAUCAUGACAAACUUUAAGACAAAAAAAAAUCAAAUCAGUACUGUGUUCUUCUUUUGUUAUCGUGUAAUUUUCAAAGCAAAAGACUUUGUAAUAAACAAACACAUAUUAUCUUUAUGCCUAAUUCGUAAUCUACUAUUGUAACCGGAA